AUGGCAUCACCAGACAACAUGACAACCGUACCGGCUGCACCCACGGUCCCCAAACCUACACCAGCAGGAUCAGGAUUGACUGCUGGAGAUUGGGCAGCCAUUGGCACUUGCAUUGGAAUCGUUGGUCUCAGUCUCACAUUGAUCGGAGUAAUUCUUACAUACUAUGGGCGGCGGCGGCGCUCCAACAGUCAAAGUGACGGCGGUGAAGAAGGGAUACCACUGAGAAGCAUGCCUUCUACUUCAGCAGAAUCGAGUGGGUCAAGUGCAAGGCAACAACAGCCAGGAAGCUGUACGACACAGGAGACUCGUCGUGAUGAUCCAGCUCAGCUCGCUGCGAAUAAGUGCGAAAAGGAGUUAAACUAUAUAUAUGAGACGACGGGUAGCUAUGUGCAGAUGCUUCCAUGGGUCGAUGACGACAAAAGACAUAUCAUGGACAUCUACACAAAGCUACAAUUAGAAAAGGAUAAUGAUGAUUUGAAGGGAGAGGUAAAAUCGUAUUGGGAUAUUUUCAAACUCAAAUCAAGAGAGGGUUAUCCAAUUAUACGGGCAAUUUUAAGAGGAUGGGCUGGUUUAGGGAAAACGACUCUUCUUGACAAAAUUGCCUACGAUUGGGCUUGUGGCACUGUUGCUGCACUGAAAAAGUACAAACUUGUUUUUGUGUUGAAAAUGCAUUCCCUGCAACAAAAGUCGGAUGUAAUUGAAGCGGUGUUUGAUCAGUUGUUAGAUGAAAAGACCAUAAAUAGAGAAGAUUUGAAAUCAUUCAUUACAGCCAACCCCGAAGACGUUCUGUUUCUGUUGGAUGGUUUUGAUGAAUUCAAGUCCACCAAACUUGAUGAGACGGAGUUUGGUUCGAUCCUCAAAAUGCUUAAUCGAAAGGGGGAGUACAAAAAAUGCGGUAUACUUGUGACAACUCGGCCAUCACACUAUGACAAACUGGUAAAGAACACUUUGAUUGAAAAACCGUUUGCUCUUGUGGAAGUGUUGGGGUUUAGCAAGGACGAUAUUAAAGAAUAUGUGCGCAAAUAUUACUCACAAGAACUGUCCAAAGCUAAUGGACUUCUUGAGAGGAUUACUUCAUCAGAUGUUCUGAAAGAUUUAGCGCAAAGUCCCAUGCUGUUGUUGUUGAUGUGUUUGUUAUGGAGUGAGAGUGCUACACUCCCUGACACCAUGUUCCGGCUUUAUAAAGAGGCACUGCGUUACAUAUUUAAACGUAAGACACAAAUGUCAACAGAAGAGAUAUCAAGGCUUGUUAUUGCAAUUGGGAAGGUUGCUUUGGGUGGUCUACUUUCAUAUUUUCAAAAGCUAUCAUUUCAAGAGGAGGAUUUUGAACCGGAUGUGCUUGAUAUGGCAAUACGAGCUGGCAUCCUCACCAGCCAGCGGGUCUUUAAGGGGAUCGACACUUGUAAAAAUGUUCAUUUCAUCCAUAAGACGUUCCAAGAAGUUUGCGCUGCGAUAUACUACCAAAGUUUAACAUCGAACAAAGAAACGAAGCGAUUUGAAACGUUCUUUCGUAAAGUGUCUGAUACAGCAGGGUUUGAAUAUCUUCUGCGUUUUUGUUGCGGUGACAAUGAUGGGACAAGUACAAAUUCAAUUUUGAAAAUAUUAUCACAUCAAGUCAGAUGUGGAGAUCUGGAUGAUAGAAACUUACACAUAGCCCUGGAUUGUCACUUUGAGAGCCAGAGCAAGAAAUUGCCACCAACGGAGUUAAUUAACUCUGUUAUUGCUUCAAAUGUCCAAGCAGUUGGCGCUUUAAGUGGUGAUCAUUCGACAUCGUUGAUGUACUUCCUAAACAACGUUACUGACGAAAAAAAGAGUGGAGGGAAUGCUCGCCUCAAAAGGAUACGUUCCCUAAGCAUAACACCAACAACCUUCCGAAGGUUAGGUGUAGAUUUUGUGAAUCAAGUGAAUAGAAUGGCACGUCUGAAAUCAAUGUUUAUUGGUGGCGUUUAUCCGCCUACACAUGAUUCUCAGAACGACUUGUCACGUUUAAUUUCCUCACUACGCCUGAAAAAAAUGACGCAGCUUUACGCCGUGUUUUUCAGAGGAUGCGUCCUGACGGGGAGUGCCAUGGAGCACAUUUUUGGGGAACUGAGUAAUCUGACCAACUUUGUUGAAUUGUAUAUGUUUGGAAAUAGGAUCCUUGCUAGAUCAGGUCAGUCAUGGUAUCAUUUGAAGAAAAUCAAAACCCUCAACAAACUGAACCUGAGUGCCUGCGAAUUGGAAAGUGAUGACUUGGAGCCCAUUGCCGUUGGGCUGAGUAAUCUGCCAAACUUUGUUGAAUUGGAUCUGUCUCGCAAUCAGACCCUUGCUGGGUCAGGUCAGUCAUGGUCUCACUUGGGGAAAAUCAAAACCCUCACGAAACUGACCCUGGAGAACUGCGCAUUGAAAAGUGAUGACUUGGAGCCCAUUGCCGUUGGGCUGAGUAAUCUGCCCAAACUUGUUGAAUUGGAUCUGUCUCGCAAUCAGACCCUUGCUGGGUCAGGUCAGUCAUGGUCUCACCUGGGAGAAAUCAAAACCCUCACGAAACUGACCCUGGAGUACUGCGCAUUGAAAAGUGAUGACUUGGAGCUCAUUGCCGUUGGGCUGAGUAAUCUGCCCAAACUUGUUGAAUUGGAUCUGUAUCUAAAUAAGACCCUUGCUGGAUCAGGUCUAUCAUGGUCUCACUUGAGGGAAAUUAAAACCCUCAACAAACUGGACCUGAAAGACUGCGAAUUGAAAAGAGAAGACUUGGAGCCCAUUGCCGAUGGGCUGAGUAAUCUGCCCAAACUUGUUGAAUUGGAUCUGUCUCGCAAUCAGACCCUUGCUGGGUCCGGUCGGUCAUGGUCUCACUUGGGGGAAAUCAAAACCCUCACGAAACUGACCCUGCAUUACUGCGCAUUGAAAAGUGAAGACUUGGAGCCCAUUGCCAUUGGGCUGAAAAAUCUGCCCAACCUUGCUGAAUUGGAUCUGUCUCGCAAUGAGGCCCUGAUUGGCGAUUACAAUAUCAAGUAG